CUAUAAUAUAAAUGUCUUUUAUGUAAGUAUACUUCUGAAUAUAUUCACUUACGAAAGAAUGUGAUGAUCCUCACAUUGUCACAUCUAACAAACUAAAACAAAUAAUAAUGUAUAGUUGAAUUUUAGUUUUAGUUUGUAUUUGAAGUAAAGUGAUAAGAAACCAAAGAAUAGGAGGUGGAAAUGUCGCCAAUGAAGCUAUUUAGAUAAGAGAGGAAUCUAAAUAGCACAAUAUUACUGGUUCUCAUUUCUCCAACGUGGCUUUCCCAUCUAUAUUCCAAACAAAGUCUAGUUCCCAUUCUUCAAUAGUAAAAACCAAGUUCGCUACCACUCUUGAAGAAUCUGUGUCAAUCCCAACAUAGUAUUCAUCUAUGGCAGCAACAAUGGCAAUGAUGAUCAACUCCAAGUGUCUAAACACAGCCAUACCCAAGUUACAAAACACAUCUACCACAGCGAAACUAACAACAACAACAACAUGCAAAACCACCACCGUUCAAAACCUACCAAAGGCUAUUACCUCAUUUGACAACACCAACGUUGUUGUGUCACCUUCCAUUGCAAUUGCAGGGGCAAUAUUCUCAUCCCUCGCAACCUGCGAUGCCGCUUUCGCUGCUCAGCAAAUAGCAGAAAUAGCGGAAGGUGAUAAUAGAGGAUUAGCACUGUUGUUGCCAUUGGUUCCAGCCAUAGGGUGGGUUUUGUUCAACAUAUUGCAGCCAGCUUUGAACCAAAUCAACCGUAUGCGUAGCACAAGGGGAGUGAUUGUUGGGCUUGGACUCGGGCUUGGCGGGCUUGCGGUAUCGGGUAUGGUGUCAGAAGCUUCUGCUAGUGAGAUUGGUAUGAUUGCUGAGGCUGCUGGAAGUGAUAACAGGGGAACACUUCUGCUGUUUGUGGUUGCACCGGCUAUACUUUGGGUGCUUUACAAUAUUUUGCAGCCUGCUCUUAACCAGAUCAAUAAGAUGAGAUCUGAGUAAAAUAGGGGUGGGUGGUUUUAGUGCAAUGUUUUAUUGUAACACUUUCUUGUAACUUGUAUCUAAUGCUCUUGCUUUCUCUAUAUUGUGUUAUAUAUCAAACUUGGUUUUCUAUAGCAGACAUUUUAUUUUCUGA